GCGCCCGGUGGCUCCCGCGGCACGGGCGGGGCCGCGGCCGCGAUGCUGCCGGCGCUGCCGGACGGCGAUGAGCGGGAGCUGGAGAGCAGCGAGGAGGGCGGCGGCGGCGCGGGCGAGGAGCGGCGGCCGGAGCGGCACGGCUGCACCUACCACGGCCUCUAUGGCUACCGCAGGUCCGCGCUGCCGGGAGCCGCGGCCGGGGAUGGCGGUGCCGGCGGCGCCGUGCCGCACACACCCUCCGCCGAAGACUUCAGCCUCUCCUUGCUGGACACCAACUUACCGGCUGAAGCGGAGACGGAGUUGCGCGGUUUCAUCGCUAAGCGUCUUUCUAAGGGAGCGCUGUUUGAAGGAAUGGGGAAUGUGGCGUCAGUGGGGCUCAGCAUACCAGAAGGUAAAGUUGGGUGUUACUACUGUCGUUUCCAACAAGAAAGUCUUCUGGAAAUGGCAACGUUGGAAUCAGACAUCAAUGCUCCAGAAUACGUGGUUUGUUUCUUAGGUGGCUCAGAGAAAGGUCUGGAACUUUUCAGACUUGAGCUGGACAAAUACAUUCAAAAUCUGAAGAUAAACCUUGAUUUGGAGCAAAAGAACUUGGAGGCUUGUGUUAGCCCCUACCUGAGGAGCUGGUUUGAGGAUGCCAUCUGCCCUAUCCAGAGGGUUGUGCAGCUCUUCCAGGACAAACUUGCCUCUCUGCUACAUGCUGCUCUGAGUUACACUCCUGUAGAAGUCAAAAAUGCAGAUGAAAGAACAGAAAAGGACAUCAGCAGGUUCCUGGCAGCUGCCAGCCUGCAGGGACUUGUCCAGGAGGGCACAAUGACCUCGCUGUGCAUUGCCAUGACAGAGGAGCAGCACAAGUCCAUGGUUAUAGACUGUAGUGGACCUCGGCCCCAGCUGCACAAUGCAGGAAGCAACAGAUUCUGUGAGGACUGGAUGCAAGCUUUUGUGAAUGGUGCUGAAGGUGGAAAUCCAUUUCUCUUCCGGCAGAUUUUGGAAAACUUUAAAUUGAAGGCUAUCCAGGACAUCAACAACCUGAAGAGGUUUAUCCGCCAGGCUGAAAUGAACCACUACGCCUUGUUCAAGUGCUACCUGUUCCUAAAGAACUGUGGCAGUGGAGACAUCCUGCUGAAGAUUGUGAAAGUAGAACAUGCAGAAAUGCCAGAAGCCAGAAAUGUAGUGACCGUCCUGGAGGAAUUCAUGAGAGAAACAUCAGUGGUUUAAAAUUAUCUUAUGUAUAAAUCAUCAGUUUCUUCUGUGCAGUGCAGCUAUUGCUGGAUUUUUAAUUUAUAUUUCAAAAUAUUGCCCAAGUCAAACCUUAGCUGCAGUUUCACCUGUCUUUUCUUGAUUUUAGAUGAAGCACUAUGAGCUUUUUUAAUGUGUAAAUAUCAAAUAAUACAAACUCCUGCAGAGUUUUCAGAUACUCCAACUGACUUGAUCCUGUUCUGAGGAAAUCAUGACAUUUGAUUUUUAUAGUCAUUGCAAAACCAAACCCAAAUCCCUUACCUGGCAAGCAUGUCAGUGUUCUAAAUAUUUUAAAUAUCCUUAAAAUAAUUUAGAUUUGGCUGCUUUGUUUUAAUAAAGAAGUACAAACAUCUGGAUAGAUCUAGAUAAUGAAUUAAUAAUUUUAGUUUAGAUAAGAGAACCUAGGUACCAAGUCUGUGUCUGGUUUCUGCUUUGAAACUGCUGGUUUGUUCUGCUGCCACUGGAUAAACACGUUGGUAAUUGUAUGAAACAGAGCUGCCUUAAGACUGAGCCAUUGCAGUGGUCAGUUUGUAUGUGCCUGUAUGUGUGCAUACACACACACAACAGGUAUCUGAAAUUCCCCUUCUUCCUUAGCCUGAGGUGUGAUCAAGAUCUUCUUUGUAUGUUGUUGUAUUACAAUUUUGCGUAACUGUAAGUAAUCCUUUGUUUUUCAGUCAUGAAGAAACGAAAAAGUUUCCACAUUUAAUAGUAAGACUUUUUCAGAAUUUGAAGUAAAUUAACUUCCCAAGUUAAUUACUCAGACUUUAAAACAUUUCACUGUAUCAGCAAUGGAUUCUUGCCCACGUCACGGGACACAUAGGCAGCAGAAUACCUGAAGGAAAUCUUGGUUACAGCUGGAAUAAAACUCAUGAAGUCUCUCAGUAACCUCAUAAAGAGCAAUUUCUGCAAACCUGACACAAGCAGAAUUCCCUGUUGGUUCCCUUUGCAGCAAAGGGUGUUUGAACUCCCCUGAAAUGGUGCCUGUAAGUAACAUGGUUCAGUGUCACUUGUGCUGCUGCUCUGUGCUGUGAGGGCAGAAGUUGCUGCUUUCCUGUGACACCACCGUGUUGAACCUGUAAUAAAGCUGACAAUAAAACAUGUUGAAAUCCUCAA